CCGCGCCCGCGCCCGCGCCCACGCCUGCCCCGCGCCGCCGGCUCUGGAUGGCACAAACUUUCCUCCCGGGACGGAACGCGCUGUCUCGGGGAGCCCGCGCCGGCGCCUCUGCCUCAGCCGGCUCCCUACGCUGCUGAAAUGGGUUGCGGCUUGAACAAGUUAGAGAAACGCGAUGACAAACGGCCUGGAAAUAUCUAUUCAACUUUAAAGAGGCCUCAGGUGGAAACCAAGAUAGAUGUGUCCUACGAAUACCGCUUCCUGGAGUUCACUACCCUGAGUGCCGCGGAGCUCCCGAGGUCCUCAGCGGUGAGGCUGGCCUCCCUGCAUGACCUGCCCGCCCAGCUCCUGGAGCUGUACCAACAGGGCUUCGCACUAGUGGCACUGCACCCCUUCGUGCAGCCAACCCAUGAACGGGAGAAGACACCCCUCGAGCACAUCUUCAGGGCCAUCCUGAUCAAGAAAACUGACAGAUCUCAGAAAAGUGAUCUCCACAAUGAACGCUACAUCUUGGAAUUAGAUUGCUGUUCCUCCUUAGACCACCUGACAGGCCAAAAACUCAUCCCAGAGUUCAUUAAGAAGAUCCAGGAUGCUGCAAGUCAGGGCCUGAAGUUUGUCGGUGUCAUACCUCAGUACGGUUGCCCUGCGAAGCCAGCAGCCAGCAGCCCCCCAGCAGACACCAGAGAUGUGGAAAAGGAGCCUGGCAGGUGUGGGGAUGAUGAGAACCCGGGUGCACCAGCAGGGACCCACAGCAGCCAGGAGCCAGGCCAGGGCCCCGCAGGGGAGAUGCCCGUUGCUGAGCAGCCCAGCUUGUCCUCAGGAGAUGGGGAUGGUGCAGCAUUGUCACCACACGGGGUGAACAAGACUUUGGAUGGGCUGGAUGGUGACCUGUUGGAAGUGCAUGAGGAGCCACUUUCGGGAAAAAUGGAGAUCCUCACCCUUUUCAACAAACCGAAGAGCCAGCAGAAGUGCCGGCAAUACUAUCCCGUCAGCAUUCCUCUCCGAGUCUCCAAGAAUGGCCAGACGGUGAGCAGUUUGGAUGCCAACUGGUUGGAGCACAUGAGUGACCACUUCCGGAAAGGAGGGAUGCUGGUGAAUGCAGUCUUCUACCUUGGCAUGGUGAAUGAUUCCUUACACAGCCUGACAGAUGGAGUAUUCAUCUUUGAAGCUGUUUCCACAGAAGAUAGCAAAACCAUGCAGGCCUAUGAUGCUAUUGUUGUCGAACAAUGGACAGUCCUGGAAGGUGUCGAGGUGCAGACGGACUACGUGCCCCUGCUGAACUCCCUGGCGGCCUAUGGCUGGCAGCUCACCUGUGUGCUACCAACUCCUGUCAUCAAGACUACCAGGGAGGGGAAUGUGUCCACCAAGCAGAUCGUCUUUCUUCAGAGACCGUGUCUACCUCAGAAAAUGAAGAAGAAGGAAUCAAAGUUCCAGUGGCGAUUCUCCCGAGAAGACAUGCACAGCAGGCAGAUGAGGAAAUCUAAAGGUAAACUCAGCGCCAGAGACAAGCGACAAGCAGAAGAAAACGAGAAGAAUUUAGAAGACCAGUUUUCCAAAGUUGGAGACGUGGGAAACUCUGUGCCAGGCCCGCAUCAGGAGGACGAGGCCUCCGAGGAGUUGAAGGUCCCCAUCCAGGAUGUCAUCGAAGGAAAGCAGUGUCCCGAGCAGCUGUGUGUGGAGGGUGCGGCUGUGCAGAAUGGUCCAGCUGGAUCCUGCAGGGCCCCCGCAGGGGGCUGCACUGGGCACCCCCAUCCCGAGGAGGGGGCUGCGGAGCCUGCCACCGUGGAAGACAACUGAGUCCAGUGUUGGUGUUGAAAGCCUGAUGAGCUGGCCGACCCGAGGCUCCAUCCUGGUGUCCGGGUGGGGGGCCGGUUCGCCCCAGUGUCACAUGUUACCCUUUGGCUUGGCUUGACCUCUUCUCGUGAGCUCACCCGGGUCCUCCUGAGGGCCGGGUCCCUGACAGUGUUGGUCUCUGCACAUCCAUUAGCAAUGUGUCGUACUGCCCCAGUGUUAGAAUGCGAGAGGUCAAGUUAUUUCUCCGUCCGUUGCCCAGUCCCAUGGGAGGGACUAGAACAUCCAGUGCCUGUGUCCACCCCCACGGUCUCCAGGGAGCAUUCGAGUCAAGUCCAUCUUUGGGCGUCCCUGGCUCCAAACCAAGGCUGUUUAUUGUUCAUCCCCACCCCAUGCCCAGCUACUUGGUGACAUUACAGCCCCUGGAGGCCAUCAGGUGCCCUUCUCCAUCUCAACCCCGCAGACCCUGCUGCUUUGGCAAAGAAAAUGAGAAGAUGACAGCGGGGAGGGGAGGUGCCCCACCUCCCGGCUUUUUCAAAGUAUUCCCAUAGAUACUGGUAAUCUGGAAGUGAAGAGGUAAUGCUGUGUGUGCACCUGCUCUUGCAGAAUGUCCAAGAAAGUAUUCUGUAUUAGUAUUAAUGCCAAAAAAAUUUUUAAGGGUUUUGUACUCAGCACAUCAUAUGAACACCCGUUCCUUCUGUCAUUUCAGGGCAACCCGACCAGUCAGGAGCCCUUGUUACGUGCUAUUUUCAUCAGUGUAUCAUUGGCCAAGUUGUUUCCAUGUAUGCUAUCACGUGUUUAUAUUGUCCAGAAAGUAUUGUUAAGGCUUUAAGUAGAUGCAACUGGCAAACCAUGGAGAGAGAAUGCCGACUGUCGACCCAAACAACAGCCUGUCUCUUCUCUUUCUUGUUUAGUUACUUAAAGCAAUAAAUCAUCUAUGAGUUUA